GUGUCCUUCUCAAGUCUUGAAUCAACUACCAGAAGAGAGUGAUUGACCAGCUAGGUGGUUUGAGUGUGCCCAUGAUUUGCCCAGCAACCUCGUCAGCAAAAAUGAAAAUGACACAAUCAAUUCGCACACUCAUCCAACAAUUCUCCAGUCAUGAGCUUGACGCUACUCUGUGCACUGUACACUCAUUCCAUCUAACUCCUAACCAAACUUCCAUCCUCAUCUUGGCCAUCUUCUCCCCCAGGUGAAUUAUUGUUGUCGUCGUCAUCAGCACUAGAAAGAAGAUGUUAUCUGUGUCAUAAAACCGCUACACCCCACCUUGUCAAAUCCCAGUCCGAGAUCCAGCCCAACAAACCAUGGCCAGCAGACAACUGGACUGGUCACUUUACCUAGUGACAGAUUCCACUCCAGCCAUCCUGGGUGACAAAGACAUUGUUCAUGUUGUGGAACAGGCUCUCCUCGGUGGCGUGACCAUCGUCCAGUAUCGCGACAAACAUGCCGACACUGGGGUCAUGAUUGAAAAUGCUUCUCGACUUCACGCCGUAACCCGCAAAUACAAUGUACCACUCCUUAUCAACGACCGACUGGAUGUAGCCCAGGCUAUAGGUGCUGAGGGCGUUCACAUCGGCCAAGAUGAUAUUCCAAUUAAGCUGGCAAGAAAACUCUUGGGUUCUGAAGCCAUCAUCGGCGUCACGGCCUCGUCGGUAGCAGAAGCUGAAAAAGCCAUCCAAGACGGUGCAGACUAUCUCGGCAUAGGCACAACCUUUGCAACACCGACCAAGACAGACACAAAGUCUAUUAUAGGCACACGGGGUCUACAAGAGAUCCUCGGCUCCACGUCGACAGGGACAGAAAAAUCCAUUCCGUGCGUCGCCAUCGGCAGCAUCAACUCUCGAAAUGUGCAAAGAGUGCUUCAUCAAUCCGCCCACGGCACCAAUCGACUGAAUGGCGUAGCCGUUGUCAGUGCCAUCAUGGCAUCCUCAGACCCCCGAGAAUCUGCAAAGCAACUCGUCGACCUAAUCAAAUCCACGCCUCAGAAGUUCUACGCCAGCGUAUCACCAACCUCGUCUACCAGGACCAACAUCUCCGAAAUCGUGGCCGAAAUCCCCGACAUUAUCAAAACACACGUGACCUCGUCGACACUGACACACAAUAUGACCAACACGGUCGUACAAAACUUUGCAGCCAACGUGGCGAUUGCGACAGGAGCGUCACCCAUCAUGUCGGACAACGGACCAGAAGCGCCUGAUCUAGCGAGACUUGGAGGCGGACUAGUGAUCAAUAUGGGCACGGCGACACCAGAGAAGAUGAAAUCAUUCUUAGCGGGACUUCAAGCAUAUAAUCAGGUCGGAUCACCAGUUAUACUAGAUCCGGUAGGAGGCGGCGCAACAGCUCUACGACGCGAAGCCAUCAAGACGCUACUAGCCGCAGGGUUCUUCAGCGUUAUCAAAGGAAACGAAGGCGAGAUCGGCGCCGUCGUCGGCGCAUCUGGAGUCCAACAACGAGGUGUCGACUCCGGACCUUCGACGUCGACUCACGAGGAGAAAAUCAAGAUUGUUCAGGACCUCGCUCGUCGUGAACAUAACAUCAUUGUUAUGACCGGCGCCAUCGACUAUAUCUCCGAUGGUACGCGUACAAUCACUCUUGGAAAUGGGUCUCCUUAUCUGGGCAGAAUCACAGGUGCAGGAUGUGCGCUCGGCGCUGUCAUCGCCAGCUAUAAUGCCGCCUAUCGUCAUGAUAAAUUACUUGCCACUCUGGCGGCGCUGCUUCAUUAUGAGCUUGCCGCGGAACGUGCAGAGGCGAGAGUGGAAGUUCGAGGUCCAGGAACCUUUAUUCCUGCCUUCCUUGACGAGUUGUAUCUAUUUGGUGAGGAGAUGAAGCAAGGGGUUGGAACCGGCGACAAGACGAAGUUUCAAGAAAAGGUCAAGAUUGAGCUCAUCGAAUCGAGCUGAAGUGUCAAGAGGUGAAACGUCUAAAUGUUAGUAUCGCAACUAAAGUUGAAGUCUAUAUCGAGAACCUAGUAUAUCAGCCCUUGUUCAGAC